CAGAUGUUUGCGUCUCGGCAAAUGUCGAAGAUGAUGAUCACAGCAGUGAUCCUUUGGUUCAACGCAUUUGCAUUUGUGACAGUUGCUACAACUACCUGUGGACAAUAUUCAGUAUAUAGCAGUCGCCUUGCGCAAUGUGUCGAUUUUGAGUGGUGUUUGUACCAGUUCUACACCGACCCAAGAUCGUGGUCAGAUGCAAUAGCGAUCUGUGAACAAAAUAACAAGACGUUGGCCCAUAUUACUGAUCUGUCGCAGCAUGUCUACCUGACGUCACUGAUCCAAACCAGUUUACCUGCAAUCUACUUUAGCCCGCCCAGCUCCACCAUGUGGAUAGGAUUGUACAAGACAAAUGGGGGACAACCUGUAUGGCAAGAUGACUGCGCCACUCUAAGCGCAAACUAUACUCCUGUUACUGCAACGUUGACAGACCCAGCCGAAAUAUGUUACAUGCUAGACGCACAGGGACGCACCUAUCAAGAACACUCCUGUGAACAGUCUCAACCGUUCCUAUGUAAGGCAGCAACGUUGGCCAUGCUAAAGACAGAAGUGGUAAGUCUCACAGAACCUGUGAGCUAUAUAACCAGUGAAUGCCAAAGUGUGUACUCCACUAGUCCAGUGGAACUACCAACGAUAGAAAUGACACUGGCUCCAGAUUCGGUUCCUACACACACGUGGCUGGUGACAUCCCAAACGUAUUCAAGUGUAUCAGUUACAGGAACAGUAUCGAUUGUAACUAAUACAGUUUUAGGAGCCGCAUUGCAGAACCUUUCUUACGAUAUUAAGCAUAUGGAGCCAACUAAUAUGAGUAACCUGACAACGUUCUGCAAACAACUACUUGAAUACGUUUUGGGGAACUCCGACCACGUGUUUACAGAUCUCAGCGGGAUAGUAGAUGUCGAAAAUCAAAUAACAAAACAGAUGGAGUCAUUGCCAGCAGGUGACCUCGAUAUGAACACAACGGUUUCUUUGUAUCUUUCCAUCUUGAACCACGUGUACAAUUUCCAAACGAAUAGUGGCCGUCGACAACAUAACCAAACGCCCAAGUUACUGGAACUUCAGGAUAGUCUUAUCAGAUUGUCAAAACUUAAUCUGAAACUACAGAAUAUCAGUAAAACGUUUGAACUCAACAUGACAUCCGUGUCAAUAACGGUAGGAGACGGAGGAGCGUUACAAGAAAAGUACACAACAGCAUAUGGCAGGGUCAUACUAGAAAACAUCGAGAACUUGAGACAGAACCUUGCCAGUCAGAAACUGAUGAUUAUG